GUUUCCGGGCACCUCGCCGCCUCCGCCUCCGCCUGAUUCUUAUUAUGCUUCGCCUUCGCCUCCGUCCUUGCCCACACUUCUCUCGGGCGUCUCCGCCGGCAUCCCCCCCCGCCCUCCCCCCCCGGCUGGCCGCUUCUCCGCUCCCAGAGCUCCCCUUCCCAUCCACCGUCACCGCGCUCCGAACCCGAACCCCUCCGCUCCAGGCCGCCGUCCGCCGAGCCGCCUCCGGAGAGGAGCAACGGGGCGUGGAUGAGGACAAGGAGGACGCGGGCCUGGACAAUGCACUCACCAAGACACGGCAGCUCGUCGAGUGCGCCAUGUUCGCAUCCGUUGCUGGCCUCGCCUACUUCCUCAGCAACUCCCUCGCCAUCGAGAAUUACUUCAGCUGUUUUUUCCCAUUGCCGAUAGUCAUCUCCUCCUUGAGGUGGGGGUUAGAAGCUGGCAGGAAAACCAUGGUGGCUACUGUUUUACUGCUCUUCACAUUGUCAGGCCCUGUCAAAGCAUCGACUUAUCUGCUUAUGCAUGGUGUAGUUGGUCUAGCCAUGGGUACUAUGUGGAGGUUGGAGACCGAUUGGUUUGCUUCCAUCAUAAUCUGCUCAAUUAUCCGUGCGGUGGGAGCUUGUGGAUAUGUGUUAGUGUCAUCAUUCCUAAUACGAGAAAAUAUUCUUCAAUUGAUAACCGUUAGUGUACAUGCCUCCUUAACGUAUAUUCUGGCAGCGGCUGGUGUGAACACAAUUCCAUCCAUGGAUGCAAUAUAUGUAAUCUUUGGGACACUGCUUCUACUUAAUUGUGGAUUCUUUGUCUUCAUACUGCAUAUAAUUUACACAAUCUUCCUGACCAAGCUUGGAAUCAAGCCAUCGCUGAGACCUCCACGAUGGCUGGGUAAAGCAACUUUUAGUUGAUGGGUAGAAUGCCACCAUACUCAUUUGUGAGGUUAGCGCCCUGACUGAACUUGCGGCAUUUUGGUGUUACAAAUGCUCCCCCAUCACCAGCAGCAUGCCGGCAUGGCAAUUGUGGCCUUUGUAAUAUGAUCAUGAUCAUUAUUAUCCGGCUUCCUGGUGCAUGACUGUGAUUUUCCCGACAAGAUUUUUGGUGAUUGCGAUUCGUUAUUGGUGCAAUUGACUGAUCGGCAAGUGUUCUAAACUUGUGAGACUUGGUAUAUUGUCCCAGUCACGUCUUUCUUUUUAAGAAAAAGUUCAAUUUUUUGCAUUCUCUUAACCUUUUCCAUUAACUAUAUAUUUUAAGUUUUUGAGGGAUUACUCCCUGCAUCUCAAAAUGUAGGUCCUAUUCAUUUUGUCCAAACUCAAACUUUCUCAAGUUUGAUUUCUGGCAUUCCAUUAACCUUUUCCUGUUAACUGUGUAAUUUAAAAUGUUUGGGUAUUACUACACCAUGUUUUUAAGUUCUCUCUGCAUACAUUAAUGUCGAAUCUAGAGCAUUGACUCUCACGAACUCUUUGUGAAGACAAUGCCUUGUUCUCUGUCCUUUUACAUGCCUUCCACGCGAGGAAUAAUGCUUAGCGACAUGGUUUAUAUAUGAUGUCUUUCUUGCAAGCGCCAAAGAGGUACGGUGAGUUUAGGGCAACUCCACCGCGGAUCACCAAACGGACGGCACCAAAUGUCCACAGACAGCAGGUGGGGCGCCGGCCAUCCAACCGUAGGAAUCAAAUGUCUCCCGCUCAGUCUUUUUUCAUAUGCCCGGGGUAUUGAAAAUAAUUGAAGAUAAAUAGCACAAUUCUUCAAAAAUUGAAAGAGAGAUAAAUAUUACAAUCCAAACAAAAAGUUUUGAAUGAAAUAGUUCAAAUUUGAAUUCAACUUAUUUGGACACGUAUUUUAGUUGUCAUAUGAAAUGCCCAUAUAUGCUCAAUUAGAUCACUCUGAUGAGACUGACAUGUCAAAGAAUAGGAGGGUUAGAUCUUCCAAUUCAGAUUCAGACUGAAAAGAUGAAGUGAUAUGUUCCUUUCUUUUGUAACAUUAUUAUAAGUUUGUCUCUUUUGUACUCUAGUUCUCAAAAGUUCUUUAUGAUUUAUCUGUCCCGUCGAACAAGAAAACUGGAGGCUGGAUGUAUUAGUGAUCUGUAAAUAGCUCCAGUUUCACAUGAUCUGGGCUAUAGUUCAUCAGUUUUCAGAGUACAAUACAUAUGUAUGACCAAGUAUUAUUGCUGCAAUUAUGCUUCAGUGCUAGGCAUUUCAGCUUCCUUAUUCAUCCCUGGCAUUUCCCUGAUCACAUCAAAGCCUUUUCACAGUGGCAUAAAAGGUAAUUCAUCAGGAAUCAUGCGGUCUCUUUUCAGCCACGGCAAAAUGU